UCGCGCUCUCUCUCUCUCUGUCUCUCUUGUUCAUAGAAUCAAGGAAGGGUUUGAUCUUUGGCGGCAACGAUGGAUCAGGACGGGGUAGCGAAGGCGUUUGUGGACCACUACUACCAGACGUUCGACAGCAACCGGGCGGCGCUCGGCAGGCUUUACCAGGACGGCUCCAUGCUCACCUUCGAGGGCGCCAAGAUCCAGGGGGCGGCCGCCAUUGCCGCCAAGCUCACCUCCCUCCCCCUCCAGCAGUGCGCCCACUCCAUCUCCACCAUCGACUGCCAGCCCUCCGGCCCUACCGGCGGCAUUCUCGUCUUCGUCAGCGGCUCCCUCCAGCUCGGCGGCGAGCAGCAUUCCCUCAAAUUCAGCCAGAUGUUCCAUCUGAUGCCAACACCUCAAGGGAGCUUCUACGUGCUGAAUGACAUAUUCCGUCUAAACUAUGCCUGAUGAGAUAUUAUCCAAACCAUCCAAGGUGUGGUGAAACGGAUGAUAGGAGAGAAACCUGUUCUAUGUAAACCACCAUUGUUGUCAUAGGAAAGAAGAUUGUUAUCAUCCAUAUUGUUUGGUUUUGUGGGGUUUCUCAUCAAGGGUUGAACCUUUUCUUCUAAAUCAUUAGAAAUGAAUUUUUGACUGCUUUCUACACAUCCUUCACUCCCUUUGGAGGAGGCAGAUUGUGUGGCUUUUGUUGUGGAUCAGUUAUUGUACUCUUGGAUUGUGUGACUAGAAAAUGCUUUCAAGUUCAUAGUAUGGCAUUUUUUGUGUUGGUGA